UCUUAGUGGGAUGGAGGUGGCAUCUACAAUCAUGCCAUUAGCACAUAAUUAGUGAUGUGUACCUCGUAAGGUAGUACUGUGAGAAUGAAGUCUGGUUUCUUUCAAGCUGUUGCGCUGGUCGUCUUGUGCUGUCAGUGUCAGUUCUGUGUUGAGUGUCACAAAUUCACCGACCAAAAACUGACAGUUGUUUCUGAGAAAGUUGGGCAGAACAACUUGACUUCCGGAGGAAAUGACGUAGAGCUUGACCUAGACGACACUGCUUGGGCAGGCGAAGUAAACAAAAUGGAUGGUCAUCGAUACGAUAGCGGUAUCGAUACUAGGGAUUACAUGAGUACUGAUUACCAAGUGGAGGAAAGUAUGGCGGAGUCUGACGACUACACACGUGUGGAGAAAACGUCAUCGGAUCACGUUACCAUGCUCCCACCACGUGACACAUUUCUGUGUCCGCCUUGCGUCUGCUUAAAACAAGUGUUGACCUUUGCCAACUGUACUUCAACGAGAUUGAAAACCAUCCCUCAAGGUCUGCCUCAGAACAUCACCACCCUCGACAUGUCGCUCAACAACAUGGCCGUCUUCAACGUCACAAACAUUCAGCGGUAUCGAUUCCUGUCACGACUUGUCAUCAACCAUAACCGAAAGUUGACGAGAAUCGCCUACGUCACGCGAGCCAAGAGCGUGUCCCUCGCUGAGCUGGAUCUACAGACGAAUCACAUCACGGCGGUAGAAGACAACAGCCUCGCGCUCAUGACCAGGCUCCGCAGCUUAAACCUGCGCGGCAACAUGCUCAGUAACAUCACCAACUUCACCUUCGCUGGUCUAGUUAACUUAAACGUUUUAAUCGUGUCUGCGAAUCAAAUCCAAUUUAUUGAACCCGGCGCGUUCGAGCAGUUAAAAAAUCUUCAAAUUUUAGAUAUAAGUUGUAACGUAAACUUAGGUUACAAGCGGAUGUUUCCUUGGGUGUUCGCUCCGUUACAAGGACUUCGUCAGCUUUUUAUACACGGGUCGUCUCGGUCGGAAGAGGUCGACUACCCCAACAAAAUGCUCGGAGAGUUGAAAAACUUGGAAAUGCUUAGCGCCGAUGGACUUCCGCGUCAGGCUAUUUUUGGACCGGAAGUGAAGACACUGACGAACUUAACGGAGCUCAAACUCGGAUUGAGCUCCCGAUGUGCUAUUAAAAGCCUCACCAAAUCUUUUUUCACCAAUCUUCCUUUUUUGAAAUCCCUGGAGAUGUACCACUGCGACCUGGCGAGGGUGGAGGAGGACGCGUACGAGUUGGUUAACCUCACCCGUCUGUCCUUGACCUACAUGGCGAACUACGACCUCGUCACGGCUUUAGAUGACUUAAAGUAUUUACAUAACUCCUCGCUGAGAAGUCUGAGCUUCAUCCACCUGUACCACUCGUCGUACCCGUGUCGUUUUUUGAACGGAAGUCAAGCCGUUUACCUGCGGAAUUUUCCGUUGGAGGAACUAGACCUGACCGACAACCGCCUAGCUUUGCUGACGGGGGACUUCACUAAUUCUCUGCCCGUGACAAUACGGAAACUUGUACUGGCCAAUAACCGUUUCACUUUCCGACAGCUGUCGUUCGUCUUCGUAAAUCUGAAGCAUCUCCACGAACUGGACGUCUCUCAGCAAAACUAUUUCAAGGACUUCGCCCCGCGCUGGGGAAAACAACAUUGCAAAGUGUCGUCCGAGUCCCAAUCCACGAAACGAUUGGCUGCUUGUUCGCGCAUGCGCGAUAUCCAACCCACGAUAUCUGUUAACAUUUCCGGCGCGAAUCAACGUUCGUGUAACCAGUUUACUGAAGCAGACGGUGAAACAACCACCAAUGGACCGAUAUUUCCGAAGAGUCUUAAAAUCAUCAAAGCCACUCAUUUCAAUUCGUUCGGAAUGCUCAUCCUAGACAAAGAAAAACCUGGACCGGAAGAUAUCGACGUGUCAAACAGUUUUUUGUCGUUGUGGGGAUCCGGAGUCCUCCCGUCCGGAAUUCGCCGGGCCCGGCUGUAUAACAAUUACUGCACGAAAAUUAAAGUCAACUUUUUCCAGAAAAACAACUCGUUGAGUUACCUGGACAUCCACGACAACUUCCUGGGUCCGGGUUUCGCCGAAGACGUCACCGGAUCGAUUUUUGAGCACACAAGGCACGUGCGACACUUGGACAUGCGCAGAAACUUAAUCUACGCGCUGCCUAAAAUGUUCUUUAAAGGCCUGACGAACAUCGAGGUAUUAAUACUUUCCGACAACAAAAUUCAGGUUCUAAAUUGUAGUUUUUCAACCAUGAAGAAACUAACAUAUGUUGAUUUAAGCCGGAAUUCUAUUUCGUGGAUCAGCGAGGAAGUGAGGAAUGAAUUUGAUGAACUGUCCCAAAACCGGGCAUUUUUUAUUGACCUGAGUCACAACCCUCUACCUUGUACAUGCUCAGGGAUAGAUUUCCUCCACUGGAUGUCUAACACUAAAGCCGUGUUUUUAAACACACGUAAUCUCUUCUGCCAUCGAGACUCGGGAGAGAUGGUGAGUAUAGGUGACGUCAGUCUGCGACUGAAAGCGCUCCAACAUCAAUGCGCCCCCAAAACACUCGCCAUCGUCGUUAGCGUUGUAUUCACAUCGACGUCUGUUACAUUUCUGCUGCUGGCUUUGGCGUACCGCUUCCGGUGGAGGCUGAGGUACCUCUGGGCAAUCACCCUGGUCAAGCUGAUCGGGUUCGAACCGUCGAAGACCGCAGAUCUCGACUACAAGUUCGACGCGUAUCUAAUUUAUUCAGACGAGACACGUGAAUUCGUGAUGCACGAGUGCACGCGCGAGCUGGAGGAAAAACGAGGUCACAAAAUCUGCUUCGAGGAACGGAACUUCAUGCCGGGUUCUUUGGUCGUGUCGGACAUUGUCAGCGCCGUGCAGCACAGCUUCAAGACGGUACCGGUCAUCUCGCCGGAGUUCUUCGCGGAGACGUACACCGAGUACGCCCUGAACAUGGCGUCAGAGAAGGAGGCGCACAGCCGCAGGCGCGUCCUUCACCUUUGUGUGUACCGCCCGCUGAACGACGACGCCAUCCCACUUCCGCUGCUGGCUGUCAUGAAACGAAACGACAUCACGGAGUUCCCGCCUGAAGAGUUCGCCAACGUGGAGACGAUCCAGGUGUUCUGGGAUCAGCUGUCGAGGGCUAUCGGUCAUGGCGGAAACGCUGAAGACGUUAAUGAGCAAAUUGGUUAAGAGGUGGUUCAAAAUUCUCCUUAAUUAAAUCUCAGCAGUGUCUUAAUGAACCGGCAAGCUUUUUUUAACCAAAAAUUAAUUUGUCUCGGCUAUUUAGAAUACAGGUUAAUUACAUGGAUAGGGUAUGACGGGCAGGCAAUUAAUGCCAAGUCCGACUUCAGCUCUUAUGAACUAAUGCGUGGUUUAGGUUGAAGUAUGGACUACGCGAGAAAAGGGACCCUAGACAAAAGACCCCCCCCCCCUCCCCGUCUUACUACCUAAAUAGCAAAAGCAAUUUAGCGACCGACCCCCCUGUAAGUUAAAGUUCCCUUUUAGAAUCUUGCUGUCCAUGGGGCAAGUGAAGUAGAGUUCACCUGUUUCUGCGAAUUCAGCAUUUGCACGGAUAGUGCGGUCAGCCACCUUUACUUUCCCUAACUUGACUUGAACCGGAUUCGAACUCGAGACUUUGAGCAGUUGAGCGAUCUUUCGCUAAGCCACGCCGUCCCAUACCGGUGACUGUACUACUACAAUUAUAGAAUUUUUCACAAUGUUCUUAAUUUGAGUUUAUCCCACCCAACCCUGUGGCUCAGUCCACGGACAGCUUUAACCAACUUCACCACCUCCUUCCAUUCAGAUGUUCCCUGUCUUCUCCGUCCAAAAUUUCACCCCAAAAAUUUAGUGCAUUAAAAAUUAAAAGCUUAUAGCCUACUUAUUUCUAUUUCCAUGUCAAUUCCUGAUUUUAAAUUCUGUUAUAAAAAAAAAAAAACAAUAGUUUGAUGAGCUAUUUCUAAAGUUCGACUUUCAAUAUCUGGACCCAAUAAAAACAUGAAUAUCUAGUCUAAGCGAGUAGGUCUACAUUUAUUUAAUCUGUGGACUUAAUUGAUCUAUAUAACAAUGAUGAUUUAUAUUCCACGUUUUCUUUAGUUUUGAAUUUUUAUUAUUAUUAUAAUGUACAAAUCUU